AUGUUGACCAAACAGUCAUCAGUCACCUCUCGAGACUUCUCUCAAGUAACCAACCACCGACACCCUCACUACAACAACAUGAAAUCAUUCGUUUGCGUUGUCCUCCUCGCCGCCAUGUCUCUCGCCGCUCCUGAAGGUAAGCGUGACAAGCGCGGCUUCUUGCACGGACUCAGCGGGGGUCUGGAGCUGAGUCACAGCUCUUACCACCUGGGACACUAUGACGACCUUGCACACAUCAGCUACCACGCGCCCGCCAGGAUCAUCUCCACACACAAGGUCGUGGAGGUCCCCAAGGUCGUUGAAUACAAGAAGAUCGUGUCUGUACCGCGGGUGGUGUCCGUACCUCGGGUGGUGAAGGUGUCCAGGAUCGUGGAGGACGCUCACUUCGCUCCAGCUCUGUCCCACGGCUGGUGGUGA